GGUGAGUUUGUGUUCCGUUGUCUAUAUACGUUUCUAGAUGCUAAAAAAUAUCGCUAGUGUUCCUCUUUCCUUGAAAAAGUAAAUAAUUUCGUUCUUUCAUUGCAUCUUGUUUGAAGAGUUUUUGGAUCUGAAUUAAUCGGUUGUACUGCCUCAAUAUUUGGUUUCUAAGAAGUAUCUGAGUAGUUUGCUGUCGGAUUGUUUAGAAAAUGGCGUCGAAAUUUUGGCAGGUUGAUAGUGAAACCGAGGAAGAGGAGAGUGACUAUGAUGAGCAGGAAGACAAUGUCCCCGUGGAGCCAACCCCUAUGUCACUUGCUAACAGAUAUAUUUCUGGCAAUGCUAGUGAUAGUGAUGAUUCUGAUGGGCAAAAGCGUGUUGUUCGCCGUGUCAAAGACAAGAGGUUUGAUGAGUUGUCUGCUACUGUUGAUCAGAUGAAAAAUGCCAUGAAAAUCAAUGACUGGGUGAGUCUCCAAGAGAGUUUUGAGAAGAUCAAUAAACAAUUGGGGAAGGUCAUGAGGGUGACUGAAUCUGAUAAGCCACCAAAUCUAUACAUUAAGGCUCUUGUCAUGUUGGAGGACUUCUUGAACCAGGCAUUGGCCAAUAAGGAGGCAAAGAAGAAAAUGAGUAGUAGCAAUGCAAAGGCCUUGAAUUCAAUGAAGCAGAAGUUGAAGAAGAACAAUAAGCUCUAUGAGGAUGUGAUCAAUCAGUGUAGGGAGAAGCCUGAACUUUUUGAAGAGAAAGUUGAGGAGGAGCAAGAACCUGAGGAUGAUGAUGAUGAGGAAGAUGAGGACGGUGAUUUUGAUGAGGAUCCGGAAAACCUGGAAGCUGAGGAGACUGAUGAUGAAGAAGAAACUGGAAAUGAUGCUGAAACUGGAUCUGGAUGGGAGAAGAUGUUGAGCAAGAAAGAUAAAAUGAUGGAUAAGCAGUUCAAAGAUCCCAGCCAAAUUACUUGGGACACCGUGAACAAGAAGUUUAAGGAGAUUGUUGCUGCCAGGGGUAAGAAGGGCACUGGGAGAAUGGAGCUGGUUGAGCAGCUCACAUUCUUGACGAGGGUUGCCAAGACACCUGCUCAGAAGCUUGAGGUUCUCUUCAGUGUUGUCUCUGCACAGUUUGAUGUCAAUCCUAGUUUGAGUGGUCACAUGCCCAUCAAUGUAUGGAAACAGUGUGUGCAGAAUAUGCUUGCAAUAUUGGAUGUUUUAACACAGUACCUGAAUAUCGUGGUGGAUGAUAUGGUAGAACCUGAUGAGAAUGAAACCCAAAAGGGAGCUGACUUCAGUGGUACAAUUAGGAUCUGGGGUAAUUUGGUAGCCUUCCUUGAAAGGGUGGACGUUGAAUAUUUUAAGAGCCUUCAGGUUAUUGAUCCACACACACGUGAGUAUGUCGAGAGGCUCAAGGAUGAACCGUUGUUUUUAGUCCUAGCGCAAAAUGUGCAGGAGUAUUUAGUAAAGGCUGGGGAUUUCAAGGGUGCUUCCAAGGUAGCUCUUAAACGGGUUGAACUGGUUUAUUAUAAGCCGCAGGAGGUGUAUGAUGCUAUGAGGAAAUUGGCUGAGCAGGACAAUAGAGAAGCCGAUGGAGAGGAGAAAGUGGAGGAAAUUAGGGGGCCAACUGCUUUUGUUGCAACUCCUGAGCUGGUUCCUCGUAAGCCAACUUUUCCAGAGAACAGCCGUGCUCUGAUGGACAUACUUGUUUCACUCAUAUAUAAGUAUGGUGAUGAACGUACUAAGGCCCGUGCUAUGCUUUGUGAUAUAUAUCAUCACGCCAUCUUUGACGAAUUCUCAACAUCCCGUGACCUGCUGCUUAUGAGUCACCUUCAGGAUAAUGUUCAACACAUGGAUAUAUCCACCCAAAUACUUUUCAACAGAGCCAUGGCACAGCUUGGUUUAUGCGCUUUCAGGGCGGGUCUUGUUCCUGAAGGCCACAGUUGUCUCUCAGAACUGUAUUCUGCUGGCAGGGUGAAGGAAUUGCUAGCACAGGGGGUUUCACAGAGCAGAUACCACGAGAAGACUCCGGAGCAGGAGCGGCUGGAGAGAAGGCGUCAGAUGCCUUACCACAUGCAUAUAAAUCUUGAGCUUCUCGAAGCUGUACAUCUGAUUUGUGCAAUGUUACUGGAGGUUCCCAACAUGGCAGCCAAUGUGCACGAUGCCAAACGUAAGGUCAUAAGCAAGAAUUUCAGGAGGCUGCUUGAGAUGAGUGAGCGACAAACCUUCACGGGCCCUCCCGAAAAUGUCAGGGACCAUGUAAUGGCUGCUACUAGGGCUCUCAGACAGGGAGAUUUCGACAAGGCCUGUGCCGUGAUCAAAUCCCUCGAUGUCUGGAGGUUGCUACGCAACAAAGAUUCUGUUCUUGAGAUGCUCAAGGCUAAGAUCAAGGAAGAGGCGCUGAGGACAUACCUCUUCACAUACUCCUCGGCUUAUGAUUCCCUAAGUCUCGACCACUUGUCCAAGAUGUUUGAUCUUUCGGAUGCACAGACGCGUAGCAUCGUUAGCAAGAUGAUGAUCAAUGAGGAGCUACACGCCAGUUGGGACCAGCCAACGGGCUGCAUCGUCUUCCAUGAUGUCGAGCACACUAGAUUGCAAGCUCUCGCUUUCCACUUGACGGAGAAGCUUACUGUUCUUGCAGAAACUAAUGAGAGGGCCAUUGAGGCUCGCUUUGGUGGUGGCGGGAUGGAGGGUCUUCCUCUUAGGAGGAAAGAUGGUCAAGAUUAUGCUGGAGCCGCAGCUUCCAGUGGCGGCGGCGGUAGGUGGCAAGAGUUUUCGUUCUCUCAGAACAGGCAAGGGAGCAGCGGUGGCAGAGGAGGCUAUACUAUCAGUGGUAGAGCAUCAGCUCCGGGACUCGUUAGCAGUGGUUUCUCUCGGGAUCGACAAGCUCGCUCCGGCGGAUAUCAUGGGUCACGAGAUGGGUCUGGUCGGCCGUACAACACAGGCUCUGGUGCAAGGGGUGGCCAGUCUGAUGGCUCCACAAGAAUGGUUAAUCUGAACAGAGGGGUUCGAACUUAGGUGCAAAUCGAAGAACUUAGUGUAGCCGACUGCCCUUGCCUUGCCAAUCCAUCUCUCGUAAUUUAAAUUUUGGUGGUUCUUUUUCGAUAAUUCGACUGUUACAGUGCCUAACUGCCUGCCACCUUGUUCUAGUUUAUUAUAAAAUUUUGCUAUCUAUUUUUGUUCUAAGAUGUUCCGAACUUCAGUUAUUAAGAUUUUAAUAUUUUCUGAUAA